AUGGCGCGGGUCUACGCGGACGUCAACCAGAACAUGCCUCGGGCAUACUGGGAUUACGACAGCGUUAACAUCAGCUGGGGUGUCUUGGAGAACUACGAGGUCGUCCGGAAGAUCGGUCGUGGGAAAUAUAGCGAAGUGUUUGAGGGCGUCAACGUGGUAAACUACCAGAAAUGCGUCAUCAAGGUCCUCAAGCCUGUGAAGAAAAAGAAGAUCAAGCGUGAGAUCAAGAUCCUGCAGAACCUGGCCGGAGGGCCCAACAUCGUCGCAUUGCUAGACGUCGUCCGCGAUUCACAGAGCAAGACGCCCUCGCUCAUCUUCGAGUUCGUGAACAAUACCGACUUCCGAAGCCUGUACCCCAAGUUCAACGAUUUCGAUGUUCGUUUCUACAUUUCCGAGCUCCUCAAGGCGCUGGAUUUCUGCCACAGCAAGGGCAUCAUGCACCGUGAUGUGAAGCCUCAUAACGUUAUGAUCGACCAUGAGAACAGAAAAGUAGGAAUCCCUCGAGCCCGCCUGGUCCGUCCUUCCAAGCAGCGGUCACUGAAAUCUGUACAGCUUCGGCUUAUCGACUGGGGUCUGGCCGAAUUCUACCACCCCGGCACCGAAUACAACGUGCGCGUGGCUUCCCGCUACUUCAAGGGCCCAGAGCUCCUGGUUGAUUUCCAGGAGUACGACUACAGCCUGGACAUGUGGAGUCUUGGAGCGAUGUUCGCGUCCAUGAUCUUCCGCAAAGAGCCUUUCUUCCAUGGCAACUCUAAUAGCGACCAGCUGGUCAAGAUAGCCAAGGUCUUGGGUACCGAUGACCUGUUCGACUACUUGGACAAGUAUGAGAUUGAGCUUGACGCUCAGUACGACGACAUCCUCGGCCGCUUCCAGAAGAAACCUUGGCACAGCUUCGUCAAUGCCGAUAAUCAGCGAUUUGUCAGCAACGAGGCUAUUGAUUUCCUCGACAAGCUCUUGCGUUACGAUCACCAGGAGCGUCUGACCGCCAAAGAGGCCAUGGCUCACCCAUACUUCAACCCCAUUCGCGACGAGGCCAAUCUCCAGGCGUACCUGGCUGGCGCUCCUGGAGUUGUCAAUUCUUGA